CAAGGAACUUGCAGUACAACGCAUUUUGUGUUUAGACGCUGACCGAUGUGGGCCCACAGUAGAACUCACCAUCCUUGCUACAGCGCCAGCUUUGACUUCAUGGACAUGAUACGAAAUUCGCUGUCCUAUACGCAGCUGCCGCAAAGUGAUGGUGAUGUCAUGGAAGAAUUCCGAAGAAAUGGAAGAGAGGUUCCUAUUGAUGAUUCACCUAUGCAAUGGGAGUCUAAUUUUAAUCUGUUGUAUGCACAUAGUAGACACAUUGAAACACAAUAUUGUUUGCAGAAAGAUUGUUCGCCAAGCAUAUAUGCAAAGAAAGGCACAUGGUGUGCAUUUUGUAGGAAUAAUGGUGAAUCUGAUAAGAUUUUUAGAAGCCAUCAGCUGAAAGAUAACUAUGGUAAAACAGUUUGUCCCAUUCUUCAAAAGUAUGUAUGUCCACUUUGUAAAGCAACUGGUCCUGAGGCUCAUACAGUGAAGUACUGUCCAAAAAACCCCAAUCCUCUUCCUGUGGCACUCAUGAAUGUCUUGAAAGCACAAAGGUCAGAAACAAGCAAAGCUCGUGUAAAGAGAAAUCGAUACUAGUCACUCGAUGUUUGCUGUAUUGUUUUAUUUUUUACAUGUACUGGCCGUGUUUAAAACGCCAGUACAUGGAUUAUUUUUAGAUUUGUUACUGAUAAGAUAUUUAUUAAAAUAUCAAGAUUGUUAGCCUGAAGUAAAAUGUUUAAUUUUGUUUUUAAUUUUAUAAGUAUGCUGUACUUGUUGAUUUGUGCAUUGUAGUAGGCAUGCAAAUAUAUUAAAAAGC